CGAACCGCACCGCAAGCUCCUGGGGCUGCCGGGGACGCUCUCCUCUGUUCCCACGGGGCGCCGACCUGUGGGUGCCGGGCCUGGGGGCUGCCGAGCGCCCCGAGACCCUCGCACUUUCCUCGCGCCAGGAUCCCAACCGUCAGCGGAACACGGCGCACUCCGACUCCGGCUGAGUCCGUCAGAAACCUGGGGAACCGACCCGCCUCGGCGCCCCGCAUGGGCAGUUACCUGGGCAAGCCGGGGUCCCAGCCGUCGUCUCCCGCGCAGGCGCGCACGGACUCGGAGAGGCCGCGGAACCGCCGGCCGGCUCAGCCCCUUCAUCAAGUCCACCGGCUUCCGGCUGUCCACCGCGCCCACCCGGCCCGGCGGCACCCACCGGCGAGGAGGCCGCCAAACCGGGAUCCUGACAGUCCCAUCGCGUGGGCGGUCCAUGAGGCUUGGAGGCGCUUUCCCUUGGAGAGGUCCCAGAAUUCCAUCGUGGGGCCUCUUCCCUCAGACUGGUGGGACAGUUACCUCCAGCGGACUCUCUGGUCUCUUCGGCACCCCAGGGCAGCAGGGAGCCCGGUGACCAUCAAGAUAGCUCCUCCUGAGCGGAGAGCGCUUCUCACCACUUCUCCCGCAGAGGACAUCGACUCUGCAGGGUCUUCACCCUCUGAGAAGCCCCCAGACCCGUGUGCAAAGGAGACGGUGCUGAGGGCCCUCAGACAGUGCAAGAAAGGGAGAGUGAGGUUUGAUGAGCCACUGUUUCCCGAGGGCUCGCACAGUGAGAGCAGGAGUCCAGACACCCAAGCAUCCGCAUUUAGGCCCCUGGUGAAACACGGAGCCCUCACUUCUUUUGUGCCCAGGCCUGGGCCUCUGAAGAGAAGCCUCAAGCCCUGGAGCUCGGAUCGCAGCUUGACGAAGAGGCCCAGCUGCUCCUCGCUGAGCUCCUUGGCCAGCACACACACAGGUGGCCUGCUCGGCUCCAGAAGAAAUGCGAUAGCAAGUUCUUACAGCUCUUCGAGAACUUUCUCUGAGCUCUGGAAGAGAAGUGUUUCCAGAGAGUCCCUACAGACACCAGAAUGGCCAGUAAAAAAGACAGAAAAGGGUCAUCAGUCUCCCUCUCCAGUCUCACUGGAAUCAGAAGGGUCCCCAGAAGCAUCUGGCAGCUCUGGGCUGCUCUCUAGUCCUGGGGACCUGCUGGCACCGACCCCACCUCCCCAGCUUGGUGAUGCAGACCCUGGAGAGGACCUGGCCUUAGGGGAGAAAGGUGAACUCCAGGGGAGCAAUAAAGCGGAAGAGGAGACCACCGACCUCACCACAGACUCUGUCCCUGAGACGCGCUCUGCUCUUCAGCCUUCCCUGCCUCUCGCCCUGCCUUCUGCAGGCCCGGCUUCAACCCAGGGCCCAAAUCCACAGCUGGAGAGCCUCACAGAAAUGCGGGAGUCUCCCCUGGCCCUCCCACCAGCCACAGGAGGGGCAGUCGGCGUGGCCCAUCCCGCCCUGAGGGAGGGCGGCCCGCUGUCGUCCCAGGGCUGCUCACAGUCAGAGCCCCCUUCAGGCACCUCUUCAGACUCCAGACCCAUGUCAGCUUUCAUCCUUCUGACCUCUGUUUCUCCCACAUCACCGGCAACUGAUGCCACAUGGCCCCCUCCAUCCUCUCAGGCCGAGGGGACUGCUGUCAGCCCUGCGGUGGUCCCCGAGCUGAGUCCUCUGUCCAGAAUGAGCAGCCCAGCGCCCCAUCUUCCUGCCUCUGCACCCCCCGAAGCCACAGCUUCUGCGGACCCCACGUCAAACCCCAUGUUGGGACUCCCACCCAAGAGUGAGAUCGGAGUCUCUUCAUAUUCCACAACUUCAGUGGCCACUACAACAUCUUCAAGCAUCCUGACUCCCACCUCUGAGCCUAUGUUGGAUGGCAUAGGACCCCUUAAAGCCCUGCCCUCGAUCGCUCCUUUCUCUUUCGAGCAGACCUCUCCUCUAGCUUCUCCUGCUUCAACCCACCUCCUCCAUGGCCCAGUCAAGGCUCUCUCUGGCAUCAUGGCCACCCCCCCCAAAGACCGUUCUUUCAUGCCACCAUUGGAUUUGGGCGUCGUGAAUGUUACCGGUACCCCCGGCAACACCUACUCCACCCCUCCGACCAGCCACUCCUUCCUUCUUGGGGCUACCUGUGCCUUCAGGGCCAGCUUCACCCCGACCACAAGCUUCAUCUUCCCAGCACACCCGCGUACUGCUGUUCCUACCGUGCACACGGUCACCAUCUUUAGCCAGGUUCUUUCCAGCGCUGUGCAGAUAUCCCCUAGUAAAAGCACUGCCAGCUUGCGGGGCGUGGGCUGUCCUCUGUCAGCCUCAGCCCUGGUAGCUCCGCCCCAGCCCUCAUUACCAUCCCUCAUCUCCGCUCCCAUAUCCACACUCGGGUCUCCCUCAGGGGCCGGCUCAGGGCCACUCUUCCCGCUCUCCCCAGGAGCCACUCUCCAGCAGGCACUGGGGGCUACAGGUGGGCAGAAGCAAGGGGCCCCACAACCAGCCCUUGGCCCAAGCCUCAGUAGCCCCUUCAUUUUUGGAAACUCAGCUGUGGCCUUCCCCACCCCAACCCCCGCUCCGGCUCUGCCGGCCUUAAGCAGUACUGCGAAGUCACCCUCUGGGGUUUUGACAGCCUUGGCCUCCGCCUGUCCGCUCCCUGCCGCCAUCCGGCCCGACUCUGGCAGCACUGCCGCAGCGGUUCCCUCUGGUCAAGCAAGUAAGAAUGGUUUGGGGGUUGUGGCCCAGACGCACCAGAAUGUGGCCUGUGGUUCGGUGUUUGGCAGCACAGCCCCACCCCCUUUUGCUUUUGGGGGAUUAGUGACCCCUAUGGACUGUGGGGACUCUGGGGUCAGUGGGACUGGCCCGGACAGGAGCUCCAACCCUGGGGUGUUCAGCACUGGAGGAGUGCCAAGUGGGACCCCUGGUGCCAUCUCACCUUUUGGAAAGGGCUGGAGCCAGAACAGCCCAGGCCCGACCAACCAGAGCCCACCUUUUGUCUUGGGGAGGGCCAGCAUUUCUUCAGGAAAAUCUAUGUUUGGGGGCCCCUGCAUGGCCCCCUUUGCUCAAAGCACCCCUGUCCCUGGGCCAGUAACGACAAGCAGCAGCUUCAACUUUGGGAUGCCCUCUCCACCCGCCCAGGGUUGUGCUGGGAGAGGAACUUUCAGAUCACCGGCCUCUUCAUUUUCCAUUGGUGCAAAGUCAAAAACCCCAAAGAACCGGGACCAAGGGCAUUCCCGAAGGCAUCAUGCCCACAGGAAAUAGCCUGUGUCCCCCGUCCCCUGAUCUGGACAUCAGGAUUGUGAAGAGCCUUGGGGGUCUUCCAAUUCUCUACAGCAAACGACUCCCAGAUCUCAGGCUAGAACUUUACAUAUUCACCAUGUGGGUCCCAAUCUGCAAUCUAGAAGAAGGUGAAGAGCCAAGGUAUCUAGCACUAACGGCGGAAUG